AUGCCUCCCAAAAAGCAGUGGGACGAGGAAGAAGAUUCGUCAACCCCUCCAUCUUCCCCGCCUGUCGGUACUACGCGCCGCAAGUUCGAUGAUGAAGAAGAAAGCGACAAUGACGUCCUAGACUCCUGGGACGCCGCUGAGGACUCGGAAGUUGAGCGCGAGAAGCAAAAGAAGGCUGCCGAAGCCAAGGCCAAGGCAGAAGCCGAGGCCGCUGCCUUGAAGAAGUCCAAGAAGCAACGUAUCGAGGAGAAGCGCGCCGAGCGUGCUGCACAACUGGCUGCAGAUGGUGAGAUCAACGAUGAUGAGACUGAAGCGCAGCGCCGCGAGCGCCUCAAGCGAUCCGAGAUGGAGUCCGACCUGAAACACGCUUCCGAUCUCUUUGGCAAUAUUGGCAUUAGCUCCUCCCGCAAGGCCACCACCGUCGGCUCCGCUGUCUCUAUCGACCCCAACGACCCCACCAAGACUGUCGACCUGGCCACCCUACCUCUGCUCAACCCUCAUACUAAGCUGCAGUUCGAAAACAUGCGCGAUGUUCUUGUGCCCAUUAUUGGAGGGAACGCCAAAAAGGCGCACUACACCCUUUUUCUGCAGGAGUUCACGAAGCGGCUGGCGAAGGAUCUUCCCAGUGAUCAGAUUAAGAAGAUUGCCAGCACUCUCACAGCCUUGAGCAAUGAGAAGAUGAAGGAAGAGAAGGCUGCUGAGAAGGGUGGCAAGAAGAGCAAGGCGGCCAAGACGAAAGCUACGUUGGUUACUAACAGGACCAACGCAGCUGACGUUGGCACCUAUGAUGAUGACUACGGGGAGUAA